CAAGUUCGGCUGGGAGCUCGUAGCAAAAACUGAAAUGCGUUCCCCGCUUAAUUCUCUCACUUUCUACGAUCCUUCAACGCGAACAUGGAGAGGAACACUGGUACCUCCACUAUACAACCCACAGCAAUCCCUUGGAAGAGUAAUACUCCAAGCAUUGGAUAAAUAUCCGGAGAAGAUUGCUCAAAUCCAUGCAGAAAGUGACACCAAGCUAACGUACGGAGAAAUGAAGCUCAGGACUGUUCGGAUGGCACAGAACUUGAGCUUGCUGGGUUACGGGAAAGGCGAUACGUUGACACUGGUGGCUGCUAACAGUGAACAUGUCGUUCCACUUGUUUACGCAUGUUUGACCCUGGGGAUAGUUAUCAAUCCGUUGGAAGUGACGCUGCCGAGAGUUGGGCUUGCUCACAUGAUGAAAACGGUGAAACCGAGCGUUGUUUUUUGUGAACAGAGCUCUUUGGGAGAAGUUGAAGCUGCAAUUGAUAUGAUCGGUUCAAAGGUUAAAGUGUUCGUUAUAGGUGAACGAGUCAAAGGAUACAAACAUGUCGAAGAUCUUCUAGUCGAGACCGGUGAGGAAGCGCAAUUUGUUCCUGCUGAAAUCGAAGAUGCAACGAAACAUGUUGCGGUAAUCCUUACAACUUCGGGUAGUACUGGACCUUCGAAAGCUGUGUGUCUGACACAUGCCGUUUGCAUUGCACAUAUGAUAGUUCCAGAACACCUGAAAACAGUCAUCAAUCAUCCACAGGCUCGUCAAACCGAUUUGUCCAGUGUCAAGCGCUGUCUUAGUGGUGGAGCUCACGUUUCAGUUGAACUUAAAAGAAAUACUGAACAGCUUAUUUCUGGUGUUGACUUUAUGAUAGCCUAUGGAUACACCGAACUUGCAGGUGUUAUUGCACUUUCAGAUAAAGGUUAUUACAAAGAAGGCUGCACAGGCGUCCUUUACCCAUACUGUCAAGGAAAAAUCGUUGAUGACCUUGGAAGGACAUUGGAUACCGGCGAGGCGGGAGAGCUUCUCAUCAAAACGGCCUACACCUUCCUGCGGUACGAAAACAACAAGAAAGCGACUGAUGAAACACUAGACGCCGAAGGUUGGCUACAUACCGGGGAUAUUGGACGAUUCGAUGAAGACGGUUUCCUUUUUCUGAUCGAUCGUAAGAAAGACAUCAUUCGUUACAACGGCCACAUCAUAUCGCCGAAUGAAAUCGAAAACGUGAUCCAGUCCGUUCCAGGGGUUCUGGUCGUGUGCGUUGCAGCAAUCGCUGUGAACGGACAAGACGUGCCAGCAGCUUUUGUGCUGAAAUCCGAGGGAUCCCACCUAGACGAAAAACAUAUCGAACAAGCAGUCGAGCAGAAACUUCCGAGCCAUUGUCAACUGCGGGGUGGAGUGCACUUCGUCGAACACAUUCCCUUUACUAUGACCGGGAAGAAGCACCGAGUAGGAAUGUUGGAAUUGCUGCAGCAGCAAAAAUCGGAAAGCAGACAGUGAAAUCGUUUUUUUUUUUUUUGUAGCGGCCCACCACACUCCCCCACACCAAAAGGCUCAAUUGAGCCCCCUGGUAAUGGACGCUACUGUUCUCAGCAUGUCUGGCAGCAAUGAAUAAUAAAAGUUAACGCGCGCAAAUUUUAAUCAUGCUGAGAACACAAAAUUGUUUA